GCGCGGCGAAGACGAGGACCGUGGCGGAGGGGCUGAGCAGCGCGCCCCACGGCGCCGACCGCUACCGGCUGGAAAGCCCGGACCACCAGGAUGGGCUGCCCGUGGAGGAGGUUCUGAGCAGGAGGGUCUGCGAGGAGCUGCUGGAAAUGCUGAGGGCGCAGCAGGACGGCCGGUCCCGCAGCGCCAUCCUGCGCAGCAUCACCCGCUGCGUCUACCUGAUGGACACGAAGAACCCCACCUGCAGCCCGGAGCACGUCCAGCUGGUGGCCUCCUGCCUGGACGACCACAACCGGGACACCAAGAUCCAGGCGCUGAACACCCUCAGGGCUUUUGCCACCCGGUCCCUGUUUACCGCCCAAGUCCAGGAUUACUACCCCAAGAUCCUGGAUCUGGUCAUCUCCUCCCGGGACACGGAGGUGCAGGUGGCGGCGCUGCGGCUGCUCAACGCGCUGCCCGUGCCCCCCAACAUCGAGCCGCUGCUGCGCCGCACGGUGCCGAACCUGCUGGGCUUCCUGCAGUGGGACAACUACACCAUCCAGCUGCAGGUCCUCAGGCUGCUCAUCACGCUGUCCCGCAAGGAAGAGCUCCUGCCCGACAUCCUCAACUGCCAGGUCCAGCCCGAAUUCCUGAGCCUCAUGAACAACUCGCAGCCGGGGAAGCUGCUCUGCGAGAUGCUGCUGCUGGUGGAGGUGCUGCACGGGGGCUGCGCGAAGCCCCGCCGCCCGAGCAAGAGCCCCAAGAGCGGCAGCUGCUCCCUCUACGAGGUCCUUUUCGGCGAGGACUCCCACCUGGACAAACACCUCCUGGUCAUGUUCGUCCACCCCGAGGAGAGAGUGCAGCUCCAGGCGUGCAAACUCAUCAUGAGCAUGCGGUUGUACAAGCUGGAUGCGGAGAUCGCCGCCGCCGCCCUGAGCAAGCACGGCGCAGGCAGCGCCGCCUCGCUCCACGUCUCACCCUCCGGCGCAUCCAUUUUCUAGGGGACGCUCACAGCCACCGUGCUCGCAGAAGCAAAUAAAACCCAGCACG